CCGGGGCGGUCGUCGGCGGCCGGGGCCGAGGAGAAGGUGGGCCAGAGGCCAGGUCAGCUGCCCCGACCCUCGGACGCAGCCCCAGAGCGAGCGGCAGCGGUUUCUGGUGAGGCGGAGAGGCGCUGCCAAGCCCCAGCUGGGGAAGAUGUUCAACGUGGAGUCGGUGGAGCGGGUGGAGCUGUGCGAGAGCCUUCUCACUUGGAUCCAGACAUUUAAUGUGGAUGCACCAUGCCAGACCGUGGAAGAUUUAACGAAUGGGGUUGUGAUGGCCCAGGUUCUUCAGAAAAUAGAUCCUUCAUAUUUUGAUGAAAAUUGGCUAAACAGAAUCAAAACUGAAGUAGGAGAUAAUUGGAGGCUAAAGAUAAGCAAUUUAAAGAAAAUUUUAAAGGGAAUCCUGGAUUACAAUCAUGAGAUUUUAGGACAGCAAAUUAAUGACUUUACCCUUCCUGAUGUGAAUCUUAUUGGAGAACAUUCUGAUGCGGCAGAGCUCGGAAGGAUGCUUCAACUCAUCUUGGGCUGUGCUGUGAACUGUGAACAGAAGCAAGAGUACAUCCAAGCCAUUAUGAUGAUGGAGGAAUCUGUUCAACAUGUUGUCAUGACAGCCAUUCAAGAGCUGAUGAGUAAGGAAUCACCUGUCUCUGCUGGAAACGAUGCCUAUGUUGACCUUGAUCGCCAGUUGAAGAAAACUACAGAGGAACUAAAUGAAGCUUUGUCAGCAAAAGAAGAAAUUGCUCAAAGGUGCCAUGAGUUGGAUAUGCAGGUUGCAGCAUUGCAAGAGGAGAAAAGUAGUCUCUUGGCAGAGAAUCAGGUAUUAAUGGAAAGACUUAAUCAGUCUGAUUCUAUAGAAGAUCCUAACAGUCCUGCAGGAAGAAGGCAUCUGCAGCUCCAAACUCAGCUGGAACAACUCCAGGAAGAAACAUUCAGACUAGAAGCAGCCAAAGAUGAUUAUCGUAUACGCUGUGAAGAGUUAGAAAAGGAAAUCUCUGAACUUCGGCAACAGAAUGAUGAACUGACCACUUUGGCAGAUGAAGCUCAGUCUCUAAAAGAUGAAAUAGAUGUUCUUAGACAUUCUUCUGAUAAAGUGUCUAAACUAGAAGGCCAAGUGGAAUCAUAUAAAAAGAAGCUAGAAGAUCUUGGUGAUUUGAGGCGUCAGGUUAAACUCUUAGAAGAAAAGAAUACUAUGUAUAUGCAGAACACUGUCAGUCUAGAGGAAGAGUUAAGAAAAGCCAAUGCAGCUCGAAGUCAACUUGAGACAUAUAAGAGACAGGUAGUAGAACUACAAAAUAGAUUAUCUGAAGAAUCGAAGAAAGCAGAUAAAUUAGAUUUUGAAUAUAAGCGGCUAAAAGAAAAAGUUGACAGUCUUCAAAAAGAAAAGGAUAGGUUAAGAACAGAAAGGGAUUCUCUGAAGGAAACCAUUGAAGAGCUUCGUUGUGUACAGGCUCAAGAAGGACAACUCACAACUCAAGGGUUAAUCCCUCUGGGAAGUCAAGAAUCUUCAGAUAGUCUGGCAGCAGAGAUUGUUACACCUGAAAUCAGGGAGAAACUUAUUCGUCUUCAGCAUGAGAAUAAGAUGUUAAAAAUCAACCAAGAGGGUUCAGACAAUGAAAAAAUCGCCUUAUUGCAGAGUCUUCUGGAUGAUGCAAAUCUCCGCAAGAAUGAACUGGAGACAGAGAACAGGUUGGUGAAUCAAAGACUUCUGGAAGUACAGUCACAAGUUGAAGAAUUGCAAAAAUCUUUACAGGAUCAAGGCUCAAAAGCAGAAGAUUCAGUUCUUCUAAAAAAGAAGCUUGAAGAACAUCUGGAGAAGCUUCAUGAAGCCAAUAAUGAAUUGCAGAAGAAGAGAGCCAUUAUUGAAGAUCUUGAACCACGAUUUAAUAACAGCUCCUUAAAAAUUGAAGAAUUACAAGAAGCUUUACGGAAGAAAGAAGAGGAAAUGAAGCAAAUGGAGGAACGGUAUAAAAAAUACUUAGAGAAAGCCAAAAGUGUUAUCCGUACUCUAGACCCUAAGCAGAAUCAAGGAGCAGCACCAGAAAUACAGGCUCUUAAAAAUCAGCUUCAGGAAAGAGACCGACUCUUCCAUUCUUUAGAGAAAGAAUAUGAGAAGACAAAGAGUCAAAGAGAAAUGGAGGAGAAAUACAUUGUUAGUGCCUGGUACAAUAUGGGAAUGACCCUGCAUAAAAAGGCGGCUGAAGAUAGACUUGCUAGUACAGGUUCAGGGCAGUCAUUUCUGGCUCGGCAAAGACAAGCAACCAGCACAAGAAGAUCUUAUCCCGGCCAUGUUCAACCAGCCACAGCAAGGUAGACAAGUCUUGCCAUCAGAAUAAAAAAAAAAACGCCCUGCAUUCAAAGCAUACUUCUGUUACAUAUGAUGACAUUUCAGGAAAUUCAGCCAGCUUAUUUUUUGUUUCUUUUAUGUUGAUAUUUAGUUGUUCCUCAUUUGAGGACUUUCUCUCCUGUGUCUAUAUUUUAGUUUCUUGGUUCUUUAUUUUGUAGUCCUUUCGGUUCCUUUUAAUGUGCCAAAAAUUUUUAAAUGCCCAAUUAAAAGUGUUGUAUAAUAGUGUAGUACUUUUCUUUGUAUGAAAACGUCCUCUCCCCAAUUGUGUAGGCUUUGUAAUGAAUUAGAUUUUCUGCCAAUAAUUGAUAUACAAUUUAUAUUCUUUAUUGUGCCUCUGUGUUACCAUGCUUUAUAAGAAUGUCUUUGUUUAAAGGGAAUUAAUCUUUUUAUGAUGUAUUAAUCUGUGUUUUCAAUUGUUUUCCAAAUGCACUUCAAAUAACUUGCAUAUUUACUAUAUAAAAUGGUUGGCAAGUGCACUUUUUGCAAAGACAUAAAUACAUUGGCAGAGGUGCUAAUCAGAUGUUACCUAAGGCACCUGAUAGAUUUAUUUUGAGGGAAAAAAUGAGUUUUCCACAUUGUUUUAUAGGAAAUUAAAUUUGUCCGAAGAUUUGGAAACUAUUUUUAAAACAUACAUAAAAUUUCAUUAUUUCUUGCUAUCUUGUUUGCUGACAGAAGAUAAAUGCAGUGGUUAGAUUAUUUGGGGGGAAAUUACAGAAGAAAAAAAAAUCAGGCAGUGCAUUAAUUUUUUUCUUGUUCUGGAAUAUCCUAGUAACUGAACAUCAAAUUCUAGCAAUGUGGCUGACAUAGUUUCAGUUGCCCUCCACAUCUGAAAGAUUUAUUUUUCAUGUACUUACAAGUAAUAGGUAGCCUUACCUUUUGAACAAUUUCCUUGUUGACUUGCACUUCAGUUUACUUAUUCUUUAAUAUAAACCCUUCAAUUUCUCAGAAAUUCCUAAACCUAACAUGCUACUAUCAGUCGUUAAGAUCAGUAAGUGACUUCUUGUAUGUGAUAUUAUGACAGGUCUCUUAACAUUUUUUUUCUUAAUUCUGUGUACUAGUCCAAGACUUUCUCUUGGGUAUUUGGUUGCCUCAGAGUUCUUAGAUUUGUUGACAGAUUGUAAACCAUGUUUAUUUACAUUGUUGAAUGACUGUCAAGUAAUAAUGAUUGGAAAGUACUUUGUAGAAGGUGCUAUGUAAAUGUGAAAUACCAUUCAUUUGAAAAUGAAAUGCCUAUGCCUGACUUCCAUAGUGACCUAAGAAUUUGGUCCCAAAUUAUAUUUAUGCUCCCCUCUAGCCUUUUUCUUGCAUCAUAGCCAAUUUUUUUUAAGCAAAAAAUUCCUGAAAUUAGGUUAAUUGUUUGGUUAAUUGGUUUUUGGUUUUAGAUAGGCCCUCUAAUAAGAUUUCAUUUCAUGUACUUGCUAUUUGGAAGUUCAGGUUUCAUUUAGUCCUGUAUAAUAAAUACAAACAAAUAACACUAAAUCAAGCUACAUGUAAUUAAGAAUUUUCAGAAACUAUAUUCAGGUGUUUGGCUUUAAAUUCUUACUUUUUUUUUUUUAUAAGAAAAUUGAUCUAAAAAUUGGUAGUGUUUUCAUUUGUCCUCAGAAAGUGUACUUGAAGAAAGGUAUUAAGAGUAUAGACAAAAAUGACUCCAUGCAUUGUGAUGAUUUUUUUUUACAUUAAGUACAAAAGUCUGAGCAUGGUGUGAAUGCUUCUGCCUGAUAAGACAGUAAAGCAGGAAGAAUUUGUAAUAAUGGAGAGAACCACAUGAGUAGAAUGCAUUGUGGGGUUUCAGGAGGCUAAGCACACCUCAUCAAAAUAGUUUUAACAAUAAAAGAUUAAAAACUUCUUAAGAUGAUUCCUGCCCCUGCCCCCAUAUUUCACAAAUAGCGUAAGGAUUUAGCUGUUUUAAAGAAAGACUAACACUAACCUUUGUAACAUUAAAAUUAUUGGGGAAUUAUACUACCUGCAGAAUAAGAUAGAUGAAAAUAAAAGAGCUAUUCAUUAAAUGGGUUAUAUCCUAUGAGAUGAGAGGUUUUAAUUUUAAUUCUCUAUUUACUGCCCCAGUCCUGGUUUUCUACCUACCGACCUACUCUGAUAUAUUUCUCCAAAUGGGAGGAAAAGAUGCCAGGCUUUUGGAAGCGAGUUUUACUUCUGAGUUUCUAUGGCAUCUGGCGCACGCUGUUAUUUGGUGUUUCCAUUCAUAACUUUCACUCUCCUUUACCUUUAUAGUUUAGUAUGUUACUUUCAUUACAUAGAAGAACUUUUAUGUCUAAACAUUCUGGUGCUUUUUUAAAAAGCAGGAAUAAAACUUAGCUGUAGAAGUGACAGCCCUGUUUUCCUUGCCCAGCUUUGGACAGGAUGUAUAAGUUGCUAUUUCUCCAGUAGGGAUUAAUCAUUUCUCAGGAGGUUUGUGAUGAUGCAUGCACGGUCUGUCUGGAAGUUGAAAGCCAUUGGAUGCUUUAUCUAGAUAUGAGCCAUACUGUGCUGUAUUUUUACAAACUCCUUGUAUAUGGUAGCUUCAUGAAGCCACAGUUUGCUCGGACAGUGGAGCUAACCCUGGCCUCAGCAGUGGAGUAAGUACAGUGUUACUGCAUUAUGUGGGGGUAACCCAUCCUGGCAGUGUUGGACUCUUAUCAGCAAAAAGCUUAUUUUCUCUAUUCCUUCUAACCAGGGUAAGAAAAUACAAAGUAAAUAACUAAGAAUAAAAGAAUAGCAUUUGUGUUCUGCAGUGUGUAUUUACAAAGUUUGUAAUUAAAAAAUCUAACAAAUAUCAUAGUUUACCACGUAGAAAAAGAGAAUAAAUAAUACAACUGUAUAUAUCUUAAAAGAGCUCAAAAAUUCAAUCGUACCUUUUUAUCAUUUGUCUAAUUAUUUGAUAAUAACCAAGAAAAAGAAGUCCCUAAAUAAAGGACCCAUGUUCCAAAAUUGAUUAAGAUUGAAUUUAUUUGUUUGAUAGCCCUAGCCUGGUAAAAUUGGCUUGGUGGGAUGUGAGAUGAUUAGAUUAUAAUAGGAUAAUUUUGUUGAGGUUUUAUUGUAUUGUUUAUAUAGUAAAAGCUCAGUUGUAUAAAAUUGAGCUUGAUGUUCUCCAGUCAGAAACACUGGCCUUUCUAUCUUAUUAGAUAGAAAAUCCACACUGUGCAGAUAGAUCAGCAGUAAGUGAUUGUUCAGCGAAAGAUGAGUUAAGCUGAAGAAAAGAUCAUUUUAUUAGCUACUUUAUACAUCUCCUUUUCAUAACAACUUUAUUUUUGUUAGCUAAUGAUAAAUAUUUUUUAGCAUCUCUUGCUCUCAGACAAGCAUUCAUCUUUUCAAGAUAAUACCAUGUUAAAAAUUUGAAAGUCUCAAUCCCAGGAUAAGAAGUGUCUUAAAAAUCUAAACAUUUAAAAUUAUCUUAACUCUCUGCACUCAGUUUCCAGUUGUCUAGAUCUCAGACUUAUCCAGUCCAGCUGGAACACGUGAGAUUAUCUGAAAAAGCAUCCACAGCCCACAGCUUGUGUAAGCCUAGCUAGUUCACAGCCCUGUGAGUAAGAACGACCAUGAUCCUAAAAUGGGAGCAAAGUGCUUGUUGUCUUGCUUUUUGCUAAUUACAGAAUAACAUUAAGACAAAAUGCUUUUUGUUAUCUAUUCGUUAAACUAUGGAAGGAAACUUUGACUUCUUACCUUGUAUUAUGAAGGGAUUCUCAUCAAGUUGAUGUAGCAUUAUACUUCUUCAAAGUCAAGCCUGUGUGAUAGAUACCCUGAAGUAGAUGAAGGAGGUUCUUAAACAGAAGAAACGGGGUAUCAUAGUCUUUGAAAAUUACUGUAGUGUGCUUUUUAUUUUCUUUUUUUAUAAGUUAAAAGGGUUUCCAUUCAAUAAUGAUAAUCUCUUUUUCUAUAAUCCCCAAUGGUCAAAACAGCAGCUUAUUUUGGUAGUUGUACAACCCAGUUUCAUUUAGAAAGCAGUUUCAGAGCUUAUUCUUUGUAACUAUAAUGAUUUUAAUAUUUUAUAUCAUGAAGUUUUUAUAUGAGGAAGGCGAUUCUCAAUGUAUCUGUGAUCCAAUUUUUUACUUUACCUAUAAAGCAUAUUUAAAUAAUAAUUGGUGUACGUUCCUUUUAUUGAAAAUUUUGAAAAUGUCUUAUUGUCCAGUUUAAGCACAAUAGUUUUAUUCUAAAGUAUUGUAGUAAGAACUGUUCAUUUCUCAGAAACCCAAAAAAAAAAAAAUUUUUGCUACUAACACAGCUAAUUUCUGCCCUUCCCCACUCCCCCAAAUCACGGAAGUAUUAAUAUUUAGCUUCCAUUUUAUAAAAUGAAGGGCCGUACAAAUGUCAUGACAUCCAUUUAAAUCAUUGAUUAUGUUCUUGGGAAGAAUGAAUGUAUUGAUUAUGAUAGUCUUUUAUCAAUCCAGUCCAACUUAAUAUGUUUUAUCUAUGAAUAUAAAAACUUAUGAAAUUUAUUUAAUGUUAUCUUCAACUAUACUUGGACUCUUCACAGUACACUUAAAUUGAAAAAGAGAAGAGGAUAUUAGUUUAUUUGAGAAACAAGAGACCUGAACCUAAUUAUGGCAAGUAUAUGGCUUUUGACAGUUGUAGGGAGUCUAUACAUGUUUCUUAACAAUUAUAUAUCAACAGUUAUGUGAUGUCUCUCCAUUAUUUUUCUAUUUUCCAGUAAUAUUCUGUUAGAUGGGUUUGUAUACUGUAUUUAUAAGUGAACAUAAAAAUCUGAGAAAGUAACAGAAGGCUAUUAAGGCAUUCUAAUUUCUAGGAAUGGAUUAUCAUGAUAAGAAAUGGCCUGAUUAUAAACAAAUAUCCAGGCGGAUGGAAGUACUAAUACAAUUAAAAAUAACACUGUCUUAACAAAUGUUCCUAAAGUGAUAGUUUACAUAAAAUCUUCUGACUUUCUUAACAUGACUAUUAAAGAGGAGUAGACAAAAAUAUAAUUUAUUUUUUAAUUGUCCUUCCCUUCAGUGAGCAUUAACUGGGCAUACCAUAUUCACUAUACGUUUAGCAGUGGAGGGGAAAGCAUCUAUAUUAAUUUUGAAACUGUUACCCAUUUCUAAAUCUAAAAUAGUGACUUGAAGCCAUUAAGGAUACUAUGAAUUGAUAAGAUGAGAAGAAAUCUGUGGUAGCUGAAAAUUGCUACCAACUUCUCUAGAUCUGCUGCUUUAUCUAAUUUAUAAACCAUAGGCUCAAUUUUGUGUUCCUCCCUAAUUAGACAUAACAGGCCCACACAAAAUUUUGUUUAAAUUGAAGGCAAGAGUAGAGAUUUUGAAAAAUAUAUUCAAGUAAGUCUUUAUGUACCUGAUAAAUUACCCCUAGGCAUUCUUGACGAAUUAGAGUCUUGAAGAUGAAAUCAUCAAAAAAAGUCCAUAGCCGCAAACUUUCAGGCCUGGAGGACUAUCACAGAUCCUGAAUUGUAUCGACACAGAGCUUAAAGGAAGAAUUAACUACCAUGACCAGAGUAAUCUCAAAGUGAGAAAAGGGAAACUACCAAAGCAUGUGUGGCUUUAAUGUAUGUGGGGGACUUCUGAGCAGGUGUUAUCACUUAAGAGAUCUCAAAGUUGACAAAGGAAAAGUUAGCAAUUAUAUUGCUAAAAUUAAUAAAAGGGACUCAUGUUUA